AGUUUCCAGGCGGAACCUGCAGAGCGAACACCCGGGGCAAGAUGGCGGUGGUGCCUCGGCCGCUGCCCCGGGGCGGGCAGGUUUCGGGGAUCCUGGGCUGAGGCGGCCGGCGGCAGCUGAGGCCCGGACCCCCGAACGCGGGGCCUCGAGCGGAUAAAGGGUAGCGAGUGGGGAAUAGGGUAGAGGGCCGGCGGCGUUCAGGGCGGUGGGGCCGGGGCCGAGUUCGCGUCUGGCCCGAUCGGCGUCGCUGGCAUUCGUGAUCCGGGCAUCGUCUCUCCUCAGCCCUUUCCGUCUCUUUUCAUCCUUGAGGCGAUAGGCCUUUAGUAUCGGACUAAUGCUGGGCGAAAAGAACUUGUUAUUUUGGUUGUUGGUGCCGAGGAGAGACGCUGGGCGUCGGGAGUCACCCAAACUGGAGUUCGAAUCCUAGUCCCUCGCGGUGUGACCUUGGGAAGCACAAGCUCCUUUGAAGCAAGAUGCUGUCCUCCGCUGAGUGUCCUGUGGAAGAUCACUAAUGGUUACUUAGUGUCUCUGCUAUAUAGGCAGGUCCUCAGGGUUUGUGCCAGCUAGCAAACAUGUUCACAGUAUCUCAGACCUCACGAGCGUGGUUCAUCGAUAGAGCCCGGCAGGCCCGAGAAGAGCGGCUGGUGCAGAAGGAGCGGGAGCGUGCGGCUGUGGAGAUUCAGGCCCACGUGCGCAGUUUCUUGUGUCGGAGAAGCCUGCACAGAGAUAUUAGGAGAGAGAUUGAUGAGUUUUUUAAAGCAGAUGACUCUGGAUCCAGUAAAAGAAGUGCACUUUGUAUUUUUAAGACUGCCAGAAAACUGCUGUUCAUAUUCAGAAUCAAAGAAGAUAAUGAGCGGUUCGAGAAGUUGUGUCGCUGUAUCCUCAGCAGCAUGGAUGCUGAGAGUGAGCCUAAGGUAUGGUACGUGUCCCUGGCUCUCUCCAAGGACCUCACUCUCCUAUGGAUUAAACAGAUCAAGGACAUUCUGUGGUACUGCUGUCAAUUUCUUGAGCAGCUCAAGCCUGAAAUCCUACAAGACUCCAGACUCAUCACCCUGUACCUCACGAUGCUCGUCACCUUCACAGACACUUCAACAUGGAAAAUUCUCCGGGGCAAAGGUGAGAGCCUUCGACCAGCCAUGAACCACAUUUGUGCAAAUAUAAUGGGGCAUCUGAACCAGCGUGGAUUUUAUUCUGUGCUGCAGGUGUUGUUAACCCGAGGCCUAGCCAGACCCCGGCCUUGUCUGUCCAAAGCCACUUUAACAGCAGUCUUUUCUCUAGCACUGCGCCCUGUGACUGCUGCACAAUUUUCAGACAAUCUGCUCCGGCCCUUUCUCAUUCAUAUCAUGUCGGUCCCUGCCCUCGUGACUCAUCUUGGCACAGUGACCCCAGAGCGCCUCACUGUCUUAGAAUCUCAUGACAUGCUACGGAAAUUCAUCGUGUUCUUAAGAGAUGAAGAGCGAUGCCGGGACGUGUGUGAGACUUUAGAAGGCUGCCACACACUGUGUCUGACUGGCAACCUCCUACAGCUGGGCUCCCUCAACCCCAGAGUGUUAGAAGAGGAAACAGACGGGUUUGUGAGCCUGCUCACCCAGAUGCUGUGCUACUGUCAGAAGUAUGUGUCCCAGAAGAAGUCCAACCUGACCCACUGGCAUCCGGUCCUCGGCUGGUUCUCCCAGUCUGUGGACUAUGGCCUCAAUGAGUCCAUGUACUUGAUCACCAAGCAGCUGCAGUUCCUGUGGGGGGUGCCUCUCAUCCGCAUCUUCUUCAAUGACAUCCUCAGCAGGAAGCUACUGGAACACCCAGAGCCAGCCCCCGCUCAGCCGGCGUCCCCCCAGAACGCGCUCCCCGUGAAGAGUCUCCUCAAGCGUGCAUUCCAGAAGUCUGCGUCGGUUCGGAAUAUUCUAAGGCCAGUAGGGGGCAGACGUGUAGACUCUGCGGAGGUGCAGAAAGUGUGCAACAUCUGUGUCCUCUACCAGACCUCCCUGACCACGCUCACCCAGAUCCGCCUGCAGAUCCUCACAGGUCUCACUUACCUUGAUGACCUGCUGCCCAAACUGUGGGCAUUUAUCUGUGAGCUGGGGCCCCAUGGAGGGUUAAAGCUCUUCUUGGAAUGCCUGAACAACGACACCGGGGAGUCCAAGCAGCUCUUGUCCAUGCUGAUGCUGUUCUGUGAUUGUUCCCGACACCUCAUCACGAUCCUUGAUGACAUUGAAGUUUAUGAAGAACAAAUUUCCUUCAAACUGGAAGAGCUGGUCACCAUCUCCUCUUUUCUGAAUUCCUUUGUGUUUAAGAUGAUCUGGGAUGGAAUUGUAGAGAAUGCCAAGGGUGAGACCUUGGAGCUGUUCCAGUCUGUCCACGGGUGGCUGAUGGUGCUGUAUGAGCGGGACUGCCGGCGGCGCUUUGCCCCUGAAGACCAUUGGCUGCGAAAGGAUCUCAAGCCCAGCGUGCUCUUCCAGGAACUCGACAAAGACCGGAAACGGGCACAGCUCAUCCUACAGCAUAUCCCUCAUGUCAUUCCACAUAAAAAUAGAGUUCUCUUGUUCCGAAACAUGGUUACCAAGGAGAAGGAGAAGCUGGGGCUUGUGGAAACGAGCUCUGCCUCCCCUCACGUCACUCAUAUCACCAUCCGAAGGUCCCGGAUGUUGGAGGACGGCUAUGAACAGCUUCGGCAGCUUUCCCAGCACGCCAUGAAGGGCGUGAUCCGUGUGAAGUUUGUCAAUGACCUGGGUGUAGACGAGGCUGGAAUCGACCAGGAUGGCGUGUUCAAGGAGUUCUUGGAGGAAAUUAUCAAGAGGGUGUUCGACCCAGCACUCAACCUGUUCAAGACAACCAGUGGGGAUGAGCGGCUGUACCCCUCCCCCACAUCCUACAUCCACGAGAAUUACCUGCAGCUCUUCGAGUUCGUGGGGAAGAUGCUGGGGAAGGCUGUGUAUGAGGGGAUUGUGGUGGACGUGCCCUUCGCUUCCUUCUUCCUGAGCCAACUGCUCGGGCACCACCACAGCAUCUUCUACAGCUCCGUGGAUGAACUUCCUUCUCUUGACUCGGAGUUCUAUAAAAACCUCACCUCCAUUAAGCGCUACGAUGGGGACGUCGCAGACCUUGGCCUCACGCUGUCGUAUGACGAGGAUGUCAUGGGUCAGCUUGUCUGCCACGAACUGAUUCCUGGAGGGAAGACCAUUCCUGUUACAAAUGAAAACAAAAUUAGCUACAUCCACCUGAUGGCACACUUUCGAAUGCACACUCAAAUCAAAAACCAGACGGCUGCCCUCAUCAGCGGGUUCCGUUCCAUCAUCAAGCCUGAGUGGAUCCGAAUGUUCUCCACCCCGGAGCUGCAGCGGCUCAUCUCUGGAGACAACGCCGAGAUCGAUCUGGAAGAUCUGAAGAAGCACACCGUGUACUAUGGUGGCUUUCACGGAAGUCACCGGGUCAUCAUCUGGCUCUGGGAUAUUCUGGCUUCCGACUUCACGCCUGAUGAGAGAGCCAUGUUUCUGAAGUUCGUGACCAGCUGCUCCAGGCCCCCGCUCCUGGGAUUCGCCUACCUCAAGCCUCCGUUCUCCAUUCGCUGUGUGGAAGUGUCGGACGAUCAGGACACUGGAGACACCCUAGGCAGCGUCCUCCGGGGCUUCUUCACCAUCCGAAAGCGAGAGCCGGGCGGCCGGCUGCCCACCUCCUCCACUUGCUUCAACCUGCUCAAACUGCCCAACUACAGCAAGAAGAGCGCCCUCCGCGACAAGCUGCGCUACGCCAUCAGCAUGAACACGGGCUUCGAGCUGUCCUAGCCCCACCCACCCAGCACCAUCCUCUCCAGGGAAUGUGACCGGCGCACCGGGCGGCACUGGUCCCACUUCCUCUCCCCAGCCGUGAGUCUCCCGUGGCCGAGAUCCUCAGGCACGAGGCCUCCAGGAAACAGGAUGGGAAGGGACUGCUGAAAAUAAACUUCCCAUUCCACCCCGUUGGUCCUCUCCAUACUUUCAGGGGCCCACGGCUCUCAGGCCGGCGAUGGCAGAGGGCUCCCCUGGUUUGGGCUUUCAAUGGGUCUUCCUUAUUCCUCCAUGGGCCAUAUCCGACGAGCCCGCGGAACUGGCAGUCUACAGUGCUUUCGUGGCGUGGCCUGCCACACGUGAGGUCCUCUCCUUCCGUUCUGAAAACUCUACUCAGGUAAGGCCUCGUCCAGCCGCUAUGCACCUGACAAAAGUCCCCACCCGCGCCCUGUCCAUGUGGCCGCUGCCCCGGCCGCAGAGGCCACCGAGCGCAGGAAGUUCAAGACACCGUCCCCGCUGCAAAGCCACGUGGUCUGCCCCACCGCCCUCCUCUCUGAGCUUCCAGGGGUCCUCACCAGCCCACCCCACCCCGAACCCACACGGCUGGCUCCUUCAGGGCACAGCUGUGCUGGCUGCGUGCCCUGUGCUGAUGUUCUGUCUAACGAGGAAGCAAACACAGGCAUCUGUCCACCUGGGCAGUGCCUUCACUCCACAGACUAAAAUCCUGAGAAUCGUGGGUCCUGCCACCCAUCCAGCCUCAGCACGGGGAGCCUGGGAGGCUGGGGAGACACCCCCCCCCCCCAGUUCCUGUCUUUUCUUUCCAUUUUGUUUGAUCCUUUUAACUUGAUUCCUUUUAAAGCCCAUCAUGCCCCUCUGUCCUGCUUUUCUCCUUUCCCAUGGGAACUUGUCUCCAAGCCAGGCCACCCUCCCCCACCCCCCAUGCUUCCAACACCCCCACCACCAGACCCAAGCCAGGGUAGACACCCCGAGUGCCUGGCCUGCCCUCCAUGGUCGCUCUCUUCAAAGCUGGGAAUACCUUCCAGCACGAGGUCCCGAGUCAGGAAAGCAGGCAGGCUCGUCUCCAUGGCCUUCAUCGGGUGUAGCUGGCCCGCUGUUGGCUGGGGUGGCCCUGGGCCAUCCCUGGGCUUGGUGGCCUCCUUGGGCAGCAGCUGGGCCAGGCUGCCGGGGAAUUUGAAGACAUGAAGUUAGGGCUGUCACCUCUGCUCCUGCACACUCUGAACACUGCUUCUUUGAAGCUGUGCUGGCUGCACGUAGAUGAUCUGUCCAUAGAGGCCAGCCAGUUAACUGUCCACCUGCCCGGACAAAAUGGAGCCCUCCUGAGCCAGGGCAGGACGAUGCGAGGAGCUGGUGCUUCACAGCUCUGACACCCCAGACCUGUCUGUCCUCUUGGCCAGCAGAGGGGGGCUUGGAGCUGCACCCCAGUCUCCUCCAGCAGGUGUGGCAUUGCACUGAGACGCUGAGUCUGCUCUCCCAGCUAGUGUUCAUUGACACGCUGAUGGCUCUUGAAAUGUCGUGGGUUUUGUUUUUGUAGAUAACUUAUGGAUGAAGAUGUAUGGAAGGCUUUAUUAAAUUUGUACUGGAGCACA